GCUAUUCAGGCUGCACCUGCGUAAAGCUCUGGCUGCGAGUCUGGAGGGAACGAUGCCAGAGCAGAUGUUGACCUGCACACGACACAAACCUGACCCCUCCCAGGUGCUGACGAAGCCUGGAGCUCAGAGUCCCAGCUGAUGCAGGAAGGAGUUAAAUCCUGCUCCAUUGCUCCAGCAGGAGGUGGCGCGGGGGGCAGUCCCCUGUUUUUCUACUGAUAGCAUGUUCCCCCAUUUAUUUGUGCAGAGAGGGCGAUGCAGAGCGGAGGCAGGAGGACACGGAGAGGGAGGCAGAUCCUCCACAGCGAGGGAGACAUGACGGAGCUCAGGGGAGACGCCAAGCUUCUCAGCGCUCGCCGGUAAAAUCACCAUGCCGGACGAGCUCCACGCCAAAGGCGGGUCCAGGGUUCCCAAGAGCGCCGCGAAGACGCCAGCGCUGGCCUCCGGCGAGAGGCUGAGCCGGGACAGGAUCAGGAAGGAGCCCGCGGUCAUUGUGACCAGGCACGUCCCCCACGUCAACGAGGUCCAGCUGACGGCAGCCACCGGCGGCGCCGAGAUGUCCUGCUAUCGCUGCACGGUGCCGUUCGGAGUGGUCGUCCUCAUCGCUGGCGUUGUAGUGACAUCAGUGGCGUACACCUUCAACUCCCACGGCUCCACCAUCUCGGUGCUGGGGCUGGUGCUGCUGUCGGCCGGCCUGGGCCUGCUGGCAUCCAGCACCGUGUGCUGGAGGGUCCGACUGAGUAAGAAGAGGGACAAACGGAGGGAGAGCCAGACCGCCCUCAUGGUCAGCCAGGGCUACUGCUUGGCCUGAACACAUGUAAAUGGACGACAAAGCUCAGGAAGACAGGACCCUGAACGCACCACGGCAUUAACUCUGACUGAGGCACUGCCCCACACAGGAAGCACGAUUCGAGCUGCAGUCAUUGUUAGUGGUUCGGUCCACGGUCGUUUAACUCAUCACGACGUUGACGUGGAGCUGCUGAGACCCGUGUUGUCUGAUAUGUAUAAUUAAAUGCUGCUACCAAGCUACGGCAGAUGUUUAAGGUACUCCACGAGUUUGGUUGUGGUAAUGAACCCUGCAUGUAAACCACUGCUGUGUAUCUCCUCAUAUUAAACAGUGUGAAGCUUC